AACGUAACACAGCCAAGGUGCUUUUGUGUCUUUCUCUGACAAUUCAGUUGAAGAACCUCUCUGUGUGUGGUUUCUGCAAUGUGUGUGCCUUGAAUAUAAAGAGUCAAUUGCUGUAACUUUCUGCUGCAUAUCCAAGUCCUUUUGCUCACAGCUGCUCUGUAAAUAUAAUUCCUGAAAUAUUGGUUACAGCGAAUGUGAACAGUACAAUAUGAAGGGGUUUCUAAAUAAAUUUUGCUUGCAGGCAGCUGUGUCAACAGCUUCAGGCACUAUGGGGUGAACAGCAAAUAAGCAAAAAAAGGAGUAGAGCCAUUUGAGUCCGUGUAAUCCCAGUUCCACUGCUCCUUUUGAUCUAACCUUGAACACUGCAUUAAUGAGUGUUGGCUUCCAGAGUGUUCUAUGACCUUUUCUCUUGUUCUGCUUUAAUAUGAAAAGCACAGUUGGGAUGCUGUUACCAUAUAGUUACAAAAAAAAAAACCAAAAAAACCUGUGAGAGCCAAGUAAAAGUGGUUACACUUUUUUGUUUUAUUAAACAGCAUUUGAAUCUCAGGAGUGAGGUGUAAAUCUAGGUGUGAAUGACACUUAAAUAUGUGUUUCAGACUUGUCUUCUGGGUCAGAUCCUGUGUCAGUUGACAAGAAAAUGUUAGAGUGGUUGCUGUCUUUAAAACCCAAAUUUGCAGAGGGGGGAGUCUGAGAAUUUGGAGCUUCUGCUGUCUUCAGGGGAACAGGAGAUGCUCAGCUGUACAAUCUCAAAUAGAGUCACAAAGUCAUUACGUGUGGAAUAGUUAAUGGUUUUAUCUUCUGCCUGGAAUAUAAAACUCUUAAAAAGCACAGUUAUAGUUUAGGAACAAAAAUACAUUUUUGAAAAAGCUGAAAUUGACACUCUUCCUUUUGCAGUUUUUUUUAGUGGAAAAAAAUGAGUGGUAGAGUAUCAGAGUGUGAGUGCAGCAUUGCUGUGCUGAGUUCAUUACUAUCCUGAUGAUGAAAUGGUACAGGAUACAUCUCACAUCAGAUGGAGGGAAAAUGCAUCUUGUAGCUGCAGAACACAUUCUCUUAGACAAAUGCCCUUCAGCAUUUAUGAUCUUGGUAUCCCAAUGAAGGCAUGAUCGAAGCAAGUGAAACAGGCCAGCGUGAUGCAUUGCAUAAUUACUAAAACUGACACAUGUUUUGUUUGGCAGAGUAACAAGGCAGUGAAAUUACAGCCUUGUGGGGCAGUGUACACCCUGCUAGGGAAGCUUUCUGCUGUUUCAGCCCUUGGUUUAUGUUCUAAUAGCAACCUGUAUCAUUAGUUAUAUAUUUGGGGUCUUGACCACUGGGUUGGUGAGGCAAGUGCCUGGGUAACUGAGACUAUCAGCAACUUGCUAGGUGAUAUUAUUUGGGAUAUUAGGAUUCAAAGGUAGUAAAUUGGGUGUGGUAGCUCUGACUUUUGUCCCUGGUAGGAUAAACGGAAUAAUUAAGCACUUGGUGCAAUGGUCUGAAGCCUUUUUGCCUCCAAUCUUCUUCUGCUUCUUGAAUCAACAAAAAGUGCCUUUGCCUCCGAUAAACUUUAGGUUAAAGUGGGGAGGAAAAAACCAAACCCAGAAGCAUCAUUGACUGGGUAGAUUUUUCAACAUGAAUCGUGCUUUUAGCAGGAAGAAAGACAAAACAUGGAUGCACACUCCUGAAGCCUUAUCAAAGCAUUAUAUUCCCUAUAAUGCAAAGUUUCUAGGCAGUACAGAAGUGGAGCAGCCCAAAGGCACAGAAGUUGUAAGAGAUGCUGUUAGAAAAUUAAAGUUUGCAAGACAUAUCAAGAAAUCUGAAGGCCAAAAGACACCCAAAGUUGAAUUACAAAUCUCAAUUUAUGGUGUAAAAAUUCUAGAUCCGAAAACAAAGGAGGUCCAGCACAACUGUCAGCUCCACAGGAUAUCCUUUUGUGCUGAUGACAAAACUGACAAGAGAAUAUUUACUUUCAUCUGCAAAGACUCAGAAUCCAAUAAGCACCUGUGCUACGUGUUUGACAGUGAAAAGUGUGCGGAAGAGAUAACUUUAACAAUUGGUCAAGCAUUUGACUUAGCUUACAGGAAAUUUCUGGAAUCUGGAGGAAAAGAUGUUGAAACAAGGAAACAAAUUGCAGGUUUACAGAAAAGAAUUCAAGAAUUAGAAACUGAAAAUGCAGAACUGAAAAAUAAAGUUCAAGAUUUGGAAAACCAGUUAAGAAUAACACAAGUACACGCAUCUCCACUGCUGCACAUAAAGUGUGAUAAUGAUGAACAUAUGUUUCAAAGACCCUCUACUUUUUUCUGGUGUAACAAUGAGGAUUCACCUCCUUGUUUAGAUAUCUCUUCCAUUACGCUUACUCCUAGGAGUUCUCCUGACUCUAGACUACCACCUGGAUUGUUAAUACCACCACCUUCAAAAAGUGGUCUUCCAAAGCCUGCCAGUGAAUACAGCUGCCCAAGACCUCGUGCAGGCAGUGUGACACCUAAAUCACCCUCCACUGACAUCUUUGAUAUGGUUCCCUUUUCUCCCAUAUCCCCUCAGUCAUCAACACCUACUCGCAAUGGUACACAGCCUCCUCCAGUACCCAGUAGAUCUACAGAGAUCAAGAGAGACCUUUUUGGAGCAGAACCUUUUGACCCUUUUAGCUGUGGAGCAGGAGAUUUCCCUCCAGACAUUCAGUCCAAACUAGAUGAGAUGCAGGAGGGGUUCAAAAUGGGAUUAACUCUUGAAGGCACAGUAUUUUGUCUUGACCCACUAGACAGCAGGUGCUGAUGCCAAGAAAGUCAAUGUGAAUUUCCUCCACAGUGGGUUUUUUUUUUGUUUCUCAACACGUACUCACAAAUACUAUCCAUGUGCCAAAAAUUGCUUUUUUUUCAACAUGUAAACUCUUGUGAGGCUUGCUUCUGUAAAAAUUCAACUUAUUUCCAGUCUUUCCCUGUACAAAUGUAAAAAGUUGUGUUUGUUUAUGAAUUAUGGAUGAAAUUACGCUGUUGUGUUUCUUUCUGUCACACUUUGGCCCGAGUUUACUAUGCUUUAUGACUAUUAGCUUGGAGAAGUUCUUCAAAAAGGUCACUCAUACCUCUCUCUCUGUCUCUCUCUGCAAAUGUGCAGGCAUGAAUUCUACAUAAUACUUUACCUGGCAGCAUUUUGAAAUUAUGCUUUUAAGGUAUUAUUUAAUAUUCAAGCAGUAAAAUUAUUAAUAUCUGCUACAAAAAUUUCAAUUUGCAGUGAAAAAAGCAUAAAAUACUAACCAUUACUAUAUGCUUCAAAAGUAAAUCUGGAUGCAGUGUGAUUGAUUUCCAUCACUGUAUGUGGUUACUGUCCUGUAUAUCCAUUGUCAUUGGUUUAUACAAUCCAGAUUUUAGAUCAUUCAUGUUUUAGAAACUAACAAGUUGUUAGUCUGCUAAUUAGUGCUGAAUGAGCCUAGAAGAGCUGCUGAAUUGCAGAAUGGCAAAGCAACCAGCCAUUGUUUUUGAUAUUUUAUAGCUGAAGUGUAAAGUAUGUACCUUGGAAUCCAUUACAUGCUAGCCAUAACUUAAAAGGAAGAUUAUGGUCCUGCAUUUACUUAGGAACUUAUGUGAUUUUGUGUAUAAGCAGGCACUGGGCUCACUUCUGUAAUUACUUUCAACACCUGAGUGUUUACAGCCAGGCUCUGUUGAGUAUAAUUCUUUUACUCUCUUCUUUAGUGUUCCAUGUCUUUAAUUUUGAGGCUUUCUGCAGAGAAACAACUAUAAGUCCUCUGUACCCACUGGCUGUUCAUGUUACAGAAAUACCUGCACACCAAAAUUCUCACCUGCUGGUGAGAUGAAUGCUGACAUGUCUAUGCAUACUCUUCAUUAAUCUUUCUCAUAAGCAAUAAAACACCCUCUUAAACCUAUCUCAGAAAAUUAUUAUCAUGAGUUCAAUUCAAAAACCUUCCAACCUCUAGUAUUUUCCCUUCAAAACAUACAAAUGUGGAAAUCCCCCUGCCCAAAAUUUUCAGAUUUUUGUUUUUAUGAGAGCCUUUUUGGUGGCACUUAUAGUUUUGUCCUUAACAGUCACAGUUUACACCAAAACCACAUUUUUCAAUUUCAUCCCGAGUAUUUUUAUGCCUUGUUCAACAAAGUACUUGUGCGUGUACCUUUGGAGUCCUGUAAAAGAAUGGGAUUAUUCCUUUGCUGGGUUUGACACAUCCUCAGGUACCUUGCUGAACUGGGCCCUUAACGUCCUACAUUACAUUUGUCUUCCUCUCCCUCAUUCUGAGUUCAUCAUUGAAAUAGAGUAUUAUAGAGAAAUAUAUAUAUAUAAAAUAUAUGAAAUCACUAACAAAUAGAAUAGUAUAUGUUUCAUAAAGAAAAGUCUUUAUAAUUUUGUUUGUCAUAUAGUAUUUUCGAAUUUGUAUAAUGAGGAUGUUUAGUAGCCAUAGCAAUGGCCUUUUUUAACAAAUAGAAUUUGUAUUUUUAUUGUACUUUAAAAAGCUUUACAUAAUAAGCAUAUAUUUAGUGGUCAUUUAUUAUCUAUGGUAACACUAAGAUAAUAUUUGCACAUUUUAAGAAACCUUUUUCGUUACUGAUUUUUACGAUAGUUGACUGCAAAUGGCAUGGUUAAAUCUUAUAUACCUGGUCAAUACAUACAAAAAUACUUAAAUCUACACAACAGUGCAUUUUUAAUUUUUAUGUGAUCCAAUUGGAGACUGUAUUUCUAUGUAAUCUCAAAUGUCUGUUUAAUUUUGCCUAAAAUAAAUGUUUUUAAAUAAA